CUCUCUCUCUCUCUCUCUCCCCCAUGGAAUCCACAGAACUCGGCCGGGUCGACUCACUCCCCGAACUCGCCUCCACCAUCUCCGGCCUCUCCUCCAUAAUCACCACCAGCCGCUCCGUCCGGACCACAGCCCGGAGCUCCGGGGACUUCUCCAGGACCACCAACGGCAGCUCCGGCGAGAUUCUGGCGGUACCGGAGGUGGUGAGGGCCAAGUGCGUGGGGAGGAACAACAAGGGAGUGACGUGGGGGUUCACUUCGGUGAUCGGGAGGAGGCGGGAGAUGGAGGACGCCGUGGCCGUGAUUCCCGGGUUUAUGACUCGCACGUGCGAUCACGUGGGAGGCUGUACCGCUCCCGGUUCGAGAAGCUCCGCCGAGAUCUCCCCCGUCCAUUUCUUCGGCGUCUACGACGGCCACGGCGGCAGUCAGGUGGCUAAAUUUUGUGCUGAGCGAAUGCAUGAAGUCAUAGCACAAGAGUGGGAUAAGGAGACGGUUAAUGGCUGUGAAUGGCAAAGGAGGUGGGAAACUACUUUUUUAGUUGGGUUUGAGAAGGCUGACAGUGAGGUCAUGACAGAGGCAGGUGCACCUGAGAUGGUUGGAUCAACUGCAGUUGUCGUUGUCCUAUCUAGUUGCCAGAUUAUUACAUCAAACUGUGGUGACUCUAGGGCAGUUCUUUGCCGAGGGACAGAAACAAUCCCGUUAACUGUUGAUCAGAAGCCCGACAGAGAAGAUGAACUCAUUAGAAUUGAAGGAGAGGGAGGGAGAGUCAUAAACUGGAAUGGCGCAAGGGUGUUUGGAGUUCUUGCCAUGUCAAGAGCUAUAGGUGAUCGAUAUCUCAGGCCUUGGAUUAUCCCAGUUCCUGAGAUUACAUUCACUGCAAGGACUGAUGAGGAUGAGUGUAUAGUUUUGGCAAGUGAUGGACUGUGGGAUGUAAUGACUAAUCACGAGGUAGGGGAGGUGGCUAGACAUAUUUUAAGAAGGCGGCGAAGGUCCAUGUCUACAAGUACUGAUGAAAUUUCUGCAGCACAAGCCAUAGCGGAUCAUCUUACUGAAAUUGCAUAUGGAAGAAAUAGUUCUGACAACAUCUCCAUCAUAGUUGUUGAUCUCAAAGCAAGGCGGAAACGUCAGCCAAGGCAAUGAGGGGGGGGGGGGGGGGGUGUGAUUUCUAUUAUCACACCUUUUGCAAUUCAGAGGUGAGGCAAGAAGAUUUACUGCCGAAUGACUUGAGCAGAAACAUUAGCCAACCUUCAGCCUCCAGCUACCUUCAUCUGAACUGUACAGGCUACAGAGCUGACUCAAUCAAUCUCUUCCAACUGUGACAACCGGAAACCAGCUUGUUACUUAUGAAACAUUAGAUCAAUCCUCAUUUUUAGUUGGCUUGGUCGAGAAAAGAGUAACAGAUCACUAAGCAAACAUUAUAUUGUUCGAUAAUACUUGCUUUAAGGUCUAGUAAAGAAAAGAAAGAGGAUAGCAAGAAAGAUUUUCUUUUUAGCUAUCUGCCCUUUCUUUCUUUUUCCAACAUGUUUGGAACUGCAACAUGGAAUGCUGGUGGAGUACUGUUGAAGCCAGUACUUUGGACGUGGUAGCCUCAGUAGUAUAUGUGCCAUCCUACGGUCAGUUUGCCUACAAUGGAUUUGUAUACAAGGAUUCAUUUGUUUUUUUAGAAAACAUUGCUUUCAUCAAAGAUUCAAAAGGGCUGAAGGGACUAAUGGUAUUUCUUUAUCUCAUGUACAUUUCUUUCUUUACAUCGAGGUGCAACCUACAUGUUUAGUGUUCUAAGUUCACUCCCUGACCAAUAACAUGUAAAAUCAUUUUAUCCAUCCAAGUUCAUUUUAUGUAUGUAGGACACCAGUCGUACAGCUGUUUGUUCAUCAGUGUUAGCAACCACUAUUGUAUCAAACGUUAAGGGCAUUUGUAUGUGUAGUUUUUGGAUCCUAGAAAGGGAUCAAAUUCGUCAAGUUCAUCGAUAUUUUGCCAAAUUGGUUUAUCAAGU